AUGCAACUGAAGAGAAUCUUUCCCAAUGCUAUGGCUCCGGUACAGUAUCUAGUGUCGAGGUGGGGAUCUGAUGGGAACUCAUUGGGAUCUUAUAGCUAUGAUGUUGUGGGCAAACCUCAUGAUCUCAGUGAGAGGUUUAGGGUUCCGGUGGAUAACUUGUUCUUUGCUGGUGAAGCUACGAGCUCGAGCUUCGCUGGCUCGGUUCAUGGUGCUUAUUCGAGUGGACUGAUGGCUGCUGAGGAAUGCAUGAUGCGUGUGUUGGAUCUGUUUCAGCUUGUGAUGGGUGAAGAAGGACCUGCCUCUGUUCCGCUUCUUAUAUCUCGUCUCUAA